AGGGCUGCUGUUGACUGCGAGGUCAGUGCGGUGCAGUGGGCCGCCACCAGUGGUGAUGUCGUCACCAUGGCCUGGUGCGCUCGCCGGGCUGGUUUUGGGAGUGGCACUUUGCCUAGCUGAGCAGGACUGGACGUAUGAAGGAAGCAAUGGUCCCAGCCAAUGGAGCCGCCUCGGCUACAAGGAAUGCGACCACCACCAGCAGUCGCCCAUCGACAUCCACUCGAAGUCGGUGCAGCAGAAGCACCUUCAGCCGCUGGAGCUGCACUUUUUCGACCACGCGCCUCUUAGCGCCAACGUCACCAAUAACUACGUCGGUGCUCUGGUGGCCUUGACCUCUGGACACGUGCCACUGGUGAGGGCGGGCUCGCUGUAUGGCGAGUACAGCGUGGUCGGUUUCCACUUCCACUGGGGCGAGAACGACACAGUCGGCUCGGAGCAUCAUCUGGACGGACACAGUUACCCGUUGGAGAUGCACAUUCUGUGCCAGAACACCAAGUAUGACUCCCUGACGAAGGCUACCCAGCGACCCGAUGGACUGGCAGUCCUUGCAGUCUGGUUUGAGGUGGGCCCGUCUCCCAACAGUGGUUUGAUGCGUCUCUCUCCGGCCCUGGACCGCAUCAGAGCCGGUGGCGCCUCCACCCUACUCUCCGAGCCACCGAGCCUGCUGGAGCUGAUGCCGAACGAUCUCGGACACUUUUACCGCUACGAGGGCUCCCUAACCACGCCAGGCUGCUACGAGGUCGUCACUUGGACUAUCUUCAAGCAGCCCGUCCAGGCCACUGAACAACAGAUGGCUCGGUUUCGGACGCUGACGGGCCUCCGGAGCCGACCGAUCGGCCACAACUACCGGCUGGUUCAGCUGCCGUACGGCCGACAAGUGUUUGAGCGCCGACCGCUCGACGAGGCGGCUCUGGAGAUGAAGCCCCAGCGUGACGGGCAGGAGGCGGCGGCCUCGGGACCGCAGUCGUCAGCAACAGCGGCUGUAGCGUCUCUGCUGCUGCUGCAGUUGGCUGCCACCCUCACUACCCUGAGCGCAGCCGUCGCCCUCACUCUGUGAAGAGCUGAAACUGAAUAUCUGAACGCCCCGAACCAUGAGUGCUGUGCUAAAUGGUGUCAAAGAAGGUUUUAUCUCCGUGAAAGCAACGCAUUUUAUUAACCUUCGCCGGCACAGGGGGGGGGGGGUGAUGACCCCCCCCCCUCCCCUAAGGUUUUUCGUGAAUAGGUAGCUCGCGUAAAAAGCGGCCGAUCGCGACGAAACUUUCAGUACUUUAGCAUUGAUAAAUUUUACACCUACCCUGAAAAUUUCAUGACCCUGACCCAA